CAUUUAUCUGUACACUCUGCAGAGCAUUUUUUUUGUAGGUGUGCCACGUCGAUCUAAAAGAUUUCAAGAUGGAUUUUUCUAAGACUGCAAAUGCUAAUAUGAAAUUCGGUUUAAAAUUGUGGAGAGAAAUGGUUAAUGAGAAGGCAGAUGAAAACAUAUUCUUUUCACCUUUCUCAAUUUCUACUGCCUUAGCAAUGGUUCAUCUAGGAGCAAGAGGAGCCACCCAGAAACAAAUUGGCGAAGUGUUGGAAAUAGAUUCAAUUCCUGAUGACUAUAAGAAUUUGGCAGCUCUAUCUACAGAAAUUUUAAGCACAAACAGAGAGGGGUGCAGUCUGACAUCAGCCAGCCGUUUAUUUGCUGGAAAAGAUUACUCAUUUCUAGAUAAUUUUAUGGCAAACACUAAAUCAUUUUUCAAUGCUGAAUCAGAAACUAUGGAUUUCGUACAGAAUUUAGAAGGGGCUCGUCAAGCCAUAAAUUCUUGGGUGGCAAAUCAGACAAAUGAUAAAAUUAAAGACUUCCUCUCACAGGGAUCCAUAAAUGUUGAUACAGCAAUGGUUUUAAUUAAUGCUAUCCAUUUUAAAGGAGACUGGCUCUCCGCAUUUAAUCCAAAAGAUACUUUCGAUGAUACUUUUUACAUAAAUGACAAGGAGAAAGUUCCUGUUAAAAUGAUGUUUAUGACAAAGCCUCUGAGAGUUGGUUUUGACUCCAAAUACGAUGUCCAGCUAUUAGAAUUACCCUACAAGGGUAAUGAAAUAUCAAUGAUUAUCAUGCUUCCGCGUUGCACAGGAGGACAUGUUACACUGGAAAGGGAGAUUGAUGAAAAAAUUCUAAACACAAUGGUACAUAGCCUACGGGUAGAGAAUGUUGAGAUUUAUCUUCCUAAAUUUAAAGUUUCUUUUGAACAAAAGUUUAUCCCAACUCUGAAGAAUCUUGGUAUGGUUGAUGCUUUUGAGAUUAAUAAGGCUGAUUUCUCUGGAAUGAAUGGAAGACAGGACUUAUAUUUGAGCGAAAUAUUACAAAAAUCAUUCAUAGAAGUAAAUGAAGAAGGAACUGAAGCGGCCGCCGCCACAGGAAUUGAGUUUCAAUGUCUUGCAACGAGGAUUUCAAGACAAGACGAUGACAGGCGUCACUGUACAAACAUAUUGAUUUUAGUUCUUUCGUGCGGUUCUGAUUACAGUUAUGAUAAUAGAUUCUCCUUGCUGAGAAUAGGCUCCACUUAUAAAUUGCUUAUAAAAAAUGCCCACGACCAUAUUUGUAUUUGCCACAUACGAAUUGAUGAAAAAGAUGUUGGAAGCUUUUUGAUGAACCCAUGUACACAAUUUGUCCUUGCCCGUCCGGUAGACACCCCAUUAGCAUUCCAGUUUUCUAAACCACUACCACAUUGUUCACCUGAUAAAAGAAGUGGAUCUAAAGUUGAAUGUUUUUUUUUCCCAGAAGUUGGUGCCAAUCUCCUAAAGGUUGAAGUCACAGAUGAAGAGAAGAAUAUUAAUCGUCAAAUGGAAUUGUCAAUAGACUGGACCUCAGAUGAAAUAUUUACACAAAUAAAACGAGGAGCGGAGGAUUUAACUCAACAUUGUUUGAUAGUUUGGACAAUAAAUGAAAGCGAUAGUUCGAUUGAUUUCAUUUUAACAGACAAAAAGUCCAUCCCUCUGCUCCAUAUACGCAGAAGGGAUCAGAAGAUAAGAAAAUUGUCAAUGUUAUCUUUCAAAGUAUUGAAGGUGAGGAUAGGAUCUUCAGAGCCCUAUCUAAUGGAACUCGAGGAUGGGCUGGCUUCUUUUUCGCAUGUUACACUCCUAACCAAUAAACACAUGCAGACAAACUGUUCUGUUUAUUACUUUUUGGCACCGUCUGGAAGAUAUAUAGGCUCAACCGAAUGGAUUCCGGAUUCCAUGCCUGUUGCGCACUUGCUCCAUCGGAAUGAGAUUUUACCGCAUCUACCAACAGUAGGCGUUCGGGUUUUAAGCGAUAAGCCGACAAAUUUAUUAAACAUUCAAAUAAAAAUUAUCGACUCGUCAACCUACAACAUUACAGUAAGUGGACAAAGUACAAUAAGAGAUUGUAAGCUGCAAGUUAGCAUUUUGGGUGGUCCUGACCUAUCGUCUGCAUCGGGUUGGUUAUAUUGUGGUCAAGUUUUAGAUGAUGAGUUUACCUUGGACUAUUACGGAAUUAGGAAUAGAGAUUUUAUUGAUGUGAUAAUAAGGAAGAAGAAAAGGAUGGGAUUGGAUGUCAUCCAAACGAAAGAUCCAAUAGCAGUAGAUAGGAAACUUUUGUCUUGUAUGUCAUCGAGAUUCUUUGAUGAGAAAACUCUCAAGCGCUCAAAUAGCCAUAAGGGAUGGACAAUAUUACGAGGAUUGAUUCGACAGCAAUUCAUAACCGUUGAUCCCAUAGAAAUCGAUGAAAGAUUUACUGUUAAAAAACAAUUAUUUAUAUUACCAUUUGAUCAGUAAAUAAAUGAUGUUACAAUUUCGUUGUUGAAUUUCAUAUUA